GGGAAGUUCUUUAGAGAACAUCAGCUGUUACCAAAUCAUUUAAUGUUAAAUCAUUCAAAUAUUUAGUACGGAAGUUCAAACGGUUUUUUCCUAAAGAAAACAGCUGUUCGCGAAACAACUUAUGAAGCUUCAUGAAAUUUUGUGUUUAAUCUCGUUCCAGUCCAAAUAGUUAAUUUCACUGUCAUUAAAAUGAUAAAAUCAACAUUUCCAAUUUUUCUGUGCUUUAUUUCAAGCUCACUUCAAGCCGCGUUGGAUCCAAAAACGCCAGUAUCAAUAGUCCAUCAAGGACAUUACUGUUCAACCGGUAUCCUCCUCACGCCGGUCUGGCUUGUCACAGGCAACUGGAGAAGUUGCUUUUCAAAUAGGACAAACUUGAUCUACUACGCCGAUCUAAAUUUGAUUAUGUUGGACCAAAUACGACGUGUAUCUUACAUAGAGGAAUAUACAGGCUUGGUAAGCGAAAGCGAUCCGCUGUUUCCUGACUUAAAGAUUAUAAAGGCAGACAGGGAAUUCAACUUGGUGGGACAACCAGCACCGCUGAACGUCGGUCUCCUCUGCGCCAAAUGCGUCAUCGUGUACUAUCCCAAAACUGGCAACUAUACGGAACGGGAAUUUGACGAUUAUUACUACGAACGUCUACCAAGGCACGUCCCCACGAUUCGGAUGUACAACGUGACAGUUAUCCAUCAUAUAACAUGCAGGUCGGAAUAUAAAUUCGCACUUUUUGAAAACGUGGUCUGCGUGACACCACAUGACGAUACAGACCGCACGCCGAAAGGGGCAGCGUUGUACUGCAUGGACAAGCUCUUCGGUCUCAAAUACAGGUCGGUUUUCGUGACAGAGGAACGUAUUUCGACGAUGGAAUUGUAUUUCGGACUCGGAGAAUACGUCUACUGGUUACGACAACGUAUUCCAAACCUGCCGGUAGUGGACGAGGUCCAUAAAAAGCAAAAGAAGAGGUGGAUGAACUCCAGAGGUGCCAGACACAGUAAACUUGUCAUCAAAGAACUCUCCAAAACUGGGAUACGCAUUUCUACUGCUAGAGCUGUAUUGCUAUGUACAGAACACUAAGCAUCUGAGAAUACAUCUACGCAACAUUCCAUGACGAUCCCAAUUUUUAUAGGUGUUAUAUUACCUUCGAAUGCAAAGCUCCGGAUCAAUUGAGAUACGUAUAACUUAGGAUUCCAACAACCGGGGAAAAAUGUAGUUUACUACUAUUUAUAAAAAAAAGGAUCGAGUAAAUUGAACUGAAGGAAAAGUACAUUAAUCCAGAUGGCUGCAGUAUUUGGGGAAUACACCCCCUUCUUCCUAGUGUUUUGCAUCAUCAUCUACUUUUCUUGAGCUGAGGAAGUGUUGGGGUCUUUUUUGAUGUGACCCAGGCUUAGAUUUCGUUUGGCACCCGGAAUUGCUGUUUUUUCUUAAUCUCACUUGUCUUGUGCAGCUACCUCACUACGAUAGUUCCGAGUCAUUGCAGUCAGCGAUUUACCAACCUACCUUAUCUUCGCCACUGUUUUUCGUGGUCCUGCCCCACACUUAAACACGUGUAGACAGCUGAAAUUUAACUCAACCUUUAAACAAGAACCCUGUCAUUUACGAAACAGAAAAAAUAUUGGUAAAAAUAAAAGACACAUAGAAUAUUGUGUAGAGACGAACAGCUACGAAACUUAAACGAUAACUCGAAUAUCUAAUCCUGAAACUAACAUUUAACAAGGUAAAACCGAGAGAAACGAUUGAACACGCAAAACA